AUGGGCCCGCGUCGCCGCUGCCCCAGCCGCCCCGUUGGGGGAGGGGGGCCCCUGCAGCCUCGUUUGUAUGGGGAGGAGGUGGGGGCCCCCCGCCGGGUGCUGCCGCUGCUGCGCAGCAGCAGGCUGCAGCAGGAGCCCCCUUUGGGUCUCCCCCCCUCCAAGAGGGGCCCCCGUGCAGCAGAUGACUGGCCUCAGCCGCGGCGGUUCCCUCCACCAUUUGCAGCAGCAGCAGCAGCAGCAGAGGGAGCUGCUCAGCAGCAGCAGCAGCAGCCGCAGCAGCACCGCAGACGAGUCAUUCUCCAGGAAGGCCCAAGGGCUGGUGGAGGCGAGCCCCGUAGCGCUGCUGCUGCUGCUGCUGCUGCUGCGAGAGGGGAGGAAGCAGCAGCUGCGGCACGUGCUGCAGCAGCAAAUAAACAAACAGCAGCAGCAGCAGCAGCAGCAAACCAUACAGCAGCACCGAAGACCGUGCAGCUAACCCCAGCAGCACGUAGAGGUGAGGGAGAAGCCAUAACGCCCCGACCAGCAGCGAGACCAGCAGCAGCAACAGCAGCAGCAACAGCAGCAGCAACAGAAGCAACUGCAGCAGCAGGCGGAAAACAAGAGGCAGCAGCAGCAGCAAGGUCAGCAGCAGCAGCUAAGACACGAGGCGAGCUUGCAGAGCCAUCAACAGCUGCAGCACCAAGCAGGACAGCAGCAACGGGAGCAGCAGCAGCAGUGAGGCGCCCGCCUGCUGCUGCUGCUGCUGCUGCAGAAACCGAAGCCAACAAGCCUACUGCUGCUGCUGCUGCUGCUGCUGCUACUGCUGGUACUGCUGCUGCUGCUGCAGACGCGUCUCACCAAGAAAAGAGGGCAGCAGCACCAAUCAAUGCAGCAGAAGCAACAGCAAACACUGCAGCAACAGCAGCAGCAGCACAGCAGCAGCAGCAGCUGGUGCUGCAGCACGAGCAACGGGAAGACCCACGCUGCAGAGCGAACCCGCAGCAGCAGCCAACCCCGCAGCAUCAGCUGAAGCAGCAGCAGGAGCAGCAAGACAUGCUCGAGGCACUGCUGCUGCUGCUGCUGCUGCUCCUGCUGCAGCAGCAACAAGCACCUCCGCAGCAGCAGCAAAGACUUCAUCAGCAGCAGCAGCAGCAACCCGCGAGAUGCCGCAUGCAGCAGCAGCAGAAACGGAUGAAGGGGGGCCCCCGGGGGGACGGGGGGCCCUCUGCAGUGUCUUCUGAUUUGCCUUUUGUUAUCUGCGAUUUGAGUAAAUAUAACAAAGGAAAGAUAGGGUUUCGUUGGCGCACUGCAGCAGAAGCAGCUGCUGGGAUCGGGGGCAGCAGCUGUGCUGGCAGCGGCUGCAGGACGCAGCAGAAGCAGCAAGCAACAGCAGCAGCUUUGCUGCUGCUGCAGCAGCAAAUUGCUGCUCUGCGGCGCGAGAGGGGCCUCCCAGAGGAGGACUUUCUUCGUGCUGCGCUGCUGCAGUGCAACAAAGAUAAGGAAGCAGCAGCAGCAAAGGUAAAGAAGCUGCAAGCAGCAGCAGCAGCUGCUGCUGCUGACGCGCGAUCUGCUGCUUUUGCUGCUGCAGCAGGGAAAGCUAACGAAGACCGCAGCAGCAAACGAAUGGCUGAUGCUGCAGCACGUGCUGCUGAUCGUGCUGCUGCUGCUGCUGCUGCUUUGGAGGAUGCAAACCAGGCCCUGGUGCAGUGCCGUGUCUGCGUACGCUGCGCCUUCAAGCUAAAUUUCGAUGCUUUGAAAAAGGAGACACACAGAGAGGAGACACGGAGACGAUUGGAGAAGCAGCAGCAGCGGCUGCUGCGGCAGCUGCAGCGGCUGGAGCGGAGAAGUGCCUCGGGCAGCCGCAGCCGCAGCCGCAGCAGCCACAGCAGCAGCAGCAGCAGCAGCAGCAGCAGCAGCAGCAGCAAACAGAAGAAAGGAGCAGCGAAAAAGCUGUCUGUAUCACCGUCCUUAGCACCUGGAGAAAUCGUCCGGGUCAGCAGCAGCAGCAGCAGCAGCAGCAGCAACUGCAGCAGCAGAAGCAACAGCAGAGACGUUGCUGAGACCUUUGUCAUCGGCAGCAGCAGCAUAAGCAGCAGCAGCGACACAGAUGCAUCUGUUGUGUUCAAAGGGGAGCAGCAAGCCCCAUGCAGCAAAGAUACUGCCCCACAAGAUGCAGCAGCAGCAGCAGCAGCAGCAGCAGCAACAGGAGGAUCAGCUGACAGAGCAGCAGCUGCUGCUGCUCCGAAUGCAGCAGCAGCCACAUCUCCCAAGGCAGCAGCAGAAGCAGAAGCAGCACCUGCUGCAGCAGCACAUGCUGCAGCAGCAGAUACUGCAGCAGCAGAUACUGCAGCAGCACAGACACCUUCCAGGAACUCUCGCAGCGAGGGCCCCCGGGAGCAGCAGCAGCAGCAGCAGCAGCAGCAGCAGCAAAGGCAGCAGCACAGCAGCCUGCGGCGGCUUGCUGCUGGCUCUGGGAGAAGUAUCAGCCGCAGCGUCAGCAGAAGCAUCAGCAGAAGCCCAGCUAGCUGUAUUCGCAGCCGCAGCAGGAGCCGCAGCAACAGCAACCGCGGCCAACGCAGCAGCAGCAGCAGCAGCAGCAGCAGCAGCUAUGUGAAAGCCACGGCAAAUGGGAUGGUAACAGCAGCAGCAACAGCAGCAGCAGCAGCAGCAGCAGCAGCAGCGGGCGCCUUAUGGAGGGCAUCAAAAGAUAUGCAGAUACCCGCAGCAGCAGCAGCAGCAGCAGCAGCAGCAGCAGCAGCAGCAGCAGAUAUCCCCAAGACAGCAGAAGCAGUAGAAAUGACUGCCACGCGAGCGUUGGCGAUAGGUUUGCUGUUCACAGCAGCAGCAGCAACAGAAGCCGCAGCAGCAGCAACAGAUGUCAAGCCCAAAGCAGCAGCAGCAGCAGCAGCAGCAAAUGCCUUCCCUACAACAGCAGCAGUAGAUAUCCCCCCGACUGCAGCAGCAGCAGCAGCAGAUACCCCCGCGACUGCAGCAGCAGCAGCAGCAGCAGAUACCCUCCCGACUGCAGCAGCAGCAGCAGAUACCCUCAGGACUGCAGCAGCAGCAGCAGAUACCCCCGCGACUGCAGCAGCAACAGCAACAGAUACCCCCCCUACACCAGCAGCAGCAGCAGCGCAUACCCGCUGCCCAACUGCAGCAGCAACGGCAGCAGGUAUCCACCGAGCAGCAACAGCAGCAGGUACCCGCACUGCAGCAGCAGCAGCAGCAGCAGCAGCAGCAUGCACCCGCCCUACAGCAACCGCGACAGCAGCGGACCCCCUCCCUGCAGCAGCAGCAGCAGACUCCCCCCUUACAGCAGCAGCACCGCGUACCCCCCGUAUAGCAGCAGCAGCAGCAGCAGCAGCAGAUACCCGCCCUACAGCAGCAACAGCAGCAGCGGAUACCCGCCCUACAGCAGCAGCAGCAGCAGCAGCAGCAGCGGAUACCCGCCCUACAGCAGCAGCAGCAGCGGAUACCCACCCUACAGCAGCAGCAGCGGCAGACCCCCUCCCUACGUUAGCAGCAGCAGCAGCAGCAGCAGCAGCAGCGGGUACCCCCCGUACGCCAACAACAGCAGCAGAUAUCCCCCUUACAGCAGCAACAGCAGCAGAUACCCGCCUCACAGCAGCAGCAGCAGCAGCAGCAGCAGCAACAGAAAUGGUGCUUACAGUAGGGUAA